AUGAAGGAGGUCAGCGCCCGAGGCACCUCGCUAGAGUUCCCGUCGUCGGGACAUCAGGUUAUAAAAAUCAUCGGGAACCUAUGUUUCUUCAUAUUUGUCGCCUCUGUCAUCGUCUUCUCUGUCAUUGCUGCAACCUACCAACCCCCCGACCCAUGGUUCCAAACCUCCAAGGCCAUUACCAAAUCCCUCUCCGCCACACUUCCCAACUCCACCAUCGCAAUUGAUAACUCUCUUCUGCACACCGGCGAAGAUCUCGUCACCUCUCCCCCUUCUGCCGUCAACGCCGGCGAAGCUCUCCUUAACAAUAACUACUUCCCCACCUCCUUGGCCUCUCAUCACCUCCAAGAUCUUUCGCAAAUCCAUUAUCUUCAUUUCAUACGACACCCCGUCAAUGGAUCCAAUCCCGACGAAUGCGACGCCGCCUGGCGCUUCCGCAACCGUUUGGAGAAAUCAUGGAGAUGCUAUCGCGACUACCGCCGCUUCCACCUUGCUCCGGCUGAGAAUUGCACCUUCGAUGUCGUUCGUGCUGGUAAGUUCCGCUCCGUUACCAACGUCGCCCGCCAUCCCCGUCGCGCUACCUCCCCACCAGCCGUUAAAAUCCCGGAUCUAGACAUCAACGACACGAUCCCCACUGUUGGACGGUACCUAUACUACUCUCGUGGCGGUGGUUACUACAAGAGUAUGAAUCAUUGUAUGGAGCUUCCUCUGUGGCCUCGAGAAGCCAAGUUCCUCAACCGGACUUUCAUCAUGGACCUCAUUGUAUGCCUUGCCGGAAGCUACACUUGUACAGGAGAGGAGAACGUGAAGGGAAAUUCUAUCUUGGCCCCCCUGUGA